UGAACCCCUGGAAACGUGGAAGGGGUGGGGGGCUGCUAAGUGUUUGGAGGGAGGGCAGAGGGUCUCUCUCCCAGUGCCCCCUCAAAGGUCCGCAUCUGUCCAGUGGAGCCAGAGAUCUGACCCCCCCCCUCAAGAUCCCCAGCUGGUCUGGGGUGUUCAGUCACCCACCUUACAGGUGGGAAAACUGAGGCUCAGCAAGGGGAGGGGAGCUGCCCAAGUCACGGAGCAAAUCAGUGGCUAAGGUGGGAUGAAUUGGAACUCAGCUCCCUUGGCUUCUGAGACAAGGCUAAUAUUGUUACAACAUGUUUUGGUUUUUCUUUCAUAAUUUUCUAAAUGACAAUAGACAUUCCUGAUCACAGAAAAAUUAGGUACAUACCCCAAGGCCAAGGAGGAAAAUGAAGUCCACCCAUUUUGCAGCUGGCACUUGGCUCCCCCUCCACCCCACACCUUGUUUGUCCCGUUGCCCUGAGACCCUCACAUGUACACGCUGGGGACAUGGCCGGUCCCCACACAUGCCUCCAGUCACACACUGGCUGUCGGCUUUCCCACUCAUCCGAACCCCCUCUCCUGACACUACUAGGUCCUGAGGGGCAAGGAGUGUCCUCCAGAGGGAGUCUUCCUGAAGUUAAGACUCAGGUGGGAACGACUCUAUUACCCACCCCUCAUCCUUCACGCCCCUUGGAGGAGGGGAGAUUUGGGGUGAGGUCCUACCUCGGUUUCCCCUCCUGGCUCCAUCCCCUGAGCAGGGCUCCCGUGGGUAGCCCCGUGCCUCAGUUUCCCCACACCGGGGUCUCCAUCCCCCUUUCUUGUCCGGGCUACAGACCCUCGCCGCUCCCUCUUGUCCCCUCUCCUCCAGCAGAGGCGGUGACGAUGGGCACUAGAAGCCCCCGGCGGGGCCCCGGCCCCCCAGACGGCGGCUGGGGCUGGGCCGUGCUGGGCGCCUGCUUCGUGGUCACCGGUUUCGCCUAUGGCUUCCCCAAGGCCGUGAGCGUCUUCUUCCGCGCGCUUAUGCGCGACUUCGGCGCGGGCUACAGCGACACGGCCUGGGUAUCCUCCAUCAUGCUCGCCAUGCUCUACGGGACAGGCCCGGUGUCCAGCAUCCUCGUGACCCGCUUUGGCUGUCGCCCGGUGAUGCUGGUGGGUGGGCUGUUGGCCUCGGCCGGCAUGGUCCUAGCAUCCUUCGCCACGCGCCUCCUGGAGCUAUACCUGACAGCUGGGGUGCUCACAGGCCUGGGCCUGGCCCUCAACUUCCAGCCGUCGCUCAUCAUGCUGGGGUUGUAUUUCGAGCGGCGGCGGCCUCUGGCCAACGGGCUGGCGGCGGCCGGCAGCCCCGUAUUCCUGUCGGCGCUGUCACCGCUCGGCCAGCAGCUGCUCGAGCACUUCGGCUGGCGCGGCGGCUUCCUGCUGCUCGGCGGCCUCCUGCUGCAUUGCUGCGCGUGCGGCGCCGUCAUGCGGCCGCCACCCGGGCCGCGGCCACGCAGGAACAGCGCGGUCGAAGCUCCCGGGGAGGCGGAGGCGGACAGUGCGGGACUGCGCUUGCGUGAGGCGCCCUCUGGUGGCCGGACCCGCCGGCGCCUGCUGGACGUGACCGUGUGCACCGACCGCGCCUUCGCGGUGUACGCCGUCACCAAGUUCCUGAUGGCGCUCGGGCUCUUCGUGCCCGCCAUCCUGUUGGUGAACUACGCCAAGGACGCGGGCGUGCCUGACUCCGAGGCUGCCUUCCUGCUCUCCAUCGUGGGCUUCGUAGACAUCGUGGCGCGGCCGGCGUGCGGCGCCCUGGCCGGCCUGGCGCGCCUGCGGCCGCACGUCACCUACCUCUUCAGCCUGGCCCUGAUGGCCAACGGGCUCACGGACCUGAGCAGCGCUCGCGCGCGCACCUACGGCACCCUUGUCGCCUUUUGCGUCGCCUUCGGCCUCUCCUACGGCAUGGUGGGCGCCCUGCAGUUCGAGGUGCUCAUGGCGGCUGUGGGUGCGCUCCGAUUCCCCAGUGCGCUGGGCCUGGUGCUACUCCUCGAGGCUGUGGCUGUGCUCAUCGGACCGCCCUCUGCCGGCCGCCUGGUGGACGCGCUGAAGAACUACGAGAUCAUCUUCUACCUGGCAGGCUCUGAGGUGGCCCUGGCCGGGGUCUUCAUGGCUGUCGCCACCAAGUGUUGCCUGCGCCGCUCUCAGGACGCCACGCCCAGCCCAGGUACCGAGGGCGGGGCCAGCGACCCGGAGGAUGCUGAGGCCGAAGUGGGCUCUGAGCCCCCGCCUACCGGCGCCGAGGAGCCCGGCGGCCUCGAAGCCCUGGAGGUGCCGAGCCCAGGGACUGGGCCCUCGGAACCCGAGAUGGAGGCAGAGCCGGGGCUAGACUCCGAGUCUGUGUAGCGCGGGGGCACUGGGUGGGGUGGCCAGGGACUUCAGGACUGGGGCUUCCCCUCUCAGAGCCCCGGCUGCCCCAACAGGGCCUGGCACACGGGAGGCUGCUCCAGUGGUCACCCCCAGGGUCCGUGCAGGGAGCUGCCCCCUCGUCUGCCCACUGGCCUUGGCCCCACCAGUGAAGCUGC